AUGUCUUUCCAGCCCAUCAAUCCUAAACCCUAUCUGCAGUCGCUUGUCGGCAAGCCUGUGGUGAUAAAGCUGAAGUUCAACAAUAUAGAGUACCACGGAAAGCUGCUCUCUAUCGACAAUUACAUGAAUCUUUUGCUGGACAAAGACGUCAAGGAGAUCGACACCGCCGCCGAAACGAGCACGGAACUUGGUGAUGAACUGUUUGUGCGGUGCAACAACGUUUUGUGGGUAGGCGAGAAACAGGACAACGAGCAGGCAGAGUGA